AAUAUGAAAGUUGUGAUCACUUGCAAUGCUGUUAAAAGGGGUUUUAAGGUCAUCCACCACAAGGAUAUAGUUGUUGCUGCCCUUAUUGAAUCAGCCAAAAGUGGGGUUUGUGUAGAUGUAUGCUUAACUUAUGAGAAUGAAUCUGCUUUGAAGAGGGAAGUACUAAUUGGGAAGAAGGAUGAGAUAUAUGGUGGUAGGAUGGCAUACCUAAAUAUCCAACUACAUGUGCAGUUGAGUGGGUUGAUGCAGAGGAUCCACUUUUUGUGCUCUAUAUCAGUGGGAGCACUGGGAAGCCCUAGGUAUAUUUGUUCCGUACUUCAAUUUCAAUUUUUUCUUCUUCUUUUGGAUUUUUCUAAUUUUAAUCUUAUUAGCGAGUUCUGCACACAACUGGGGAUAUAUGGUGCAGUUGCUACAACAUUUAAAUAUACUUUUGAUUACAAACCAUCCGACAUCUACUGGUGGAAUUGAAACUCUAGCAAUCCAAAAGUCUUGGGGGGAAUUUAGGUUUGGGAAAACACAGCUUGCACACACACUCUGCGUAACCACACAGGUUUGUCUCUCUCCUUGUUUGCAUACUGGAAAUCACGCCAUCAUUGUGCAAAAUUCUGUUAUGGUCUUUCACUAAAAGUCAGGCAUUUGAGUAGUGAAAUGUUCAAUUUACAUUGACUGUGAUUUUCAGUCUUCUUACAUAUCAUUCAGCUUGAUUAACGGAGAAUUAUACACCAUUAAGAAGCAUGUUACUGAAAAAGUGAUAAUUGUGGGUUAUGGACUGCUGCAGUGCCAUGCCAAGUAAAGUUGAAUGCCAAUAUUGCUUUUACAAUUGUGCAUCCCAUAUCUGGUCUUUCUCGAAUAAUAAACUAGCAGAUACCUAAGAUUUCCAUACUUGAACAUGCUCUUACUUACAUUUGAUAUGCACAAUCUUUUUGUCAAAUUAAAUUAACUUGGCUCUUUGAUGCAGCAAAUACAUCUAGUCGAUGGAGACAACUACUGUAGUUCAAUCAGCAACUGAAACUACUAUUGUAUCCUCUUGCACUCCGUGUUUUUGUUUGCUAGUUUGGAAGGAUGUGAUAGCUGCCAUUAUUUUCUUUGAAAUUGAGAACUCCCCUUGUUUUCUUACUAGAGUUUUAUACAAGUUAGAUUUGUUAAGUUUGGGUAUUGAUUUUGGUGGUCCAGUUUUCGCUUUAUUGCUGGUUAGCUUUGUUGCAUGUGCUGGUACCAUAGUUUUUCUUUUGGUUGAUUGCACUCCAGGUUUCUUUUCUUUUUUGAAAAUUGGACUUUCAUUUUUUCUUUUUGGUUUUACUUUGGCUUAUUUAGAAUUUGUUAAAGCUUUCGAAGUGUUAACUAAUUGGUUAAGUUUGGUGUCUGAUGACAUGAGUUUUGGAGUUAUUUGAUGUGAUGACCUGGAUUUUUGUUAUUUAAUUUUGGUAAUUAAUAAUGGACCAGUUGUACGAAUAUUUGUUAUUGUACUUUAUUCGUAGGUUGUA